UCCGGGCACCUGCCUGUGUCAGCAAAGAGCCGCCGGCCAGCCAGCAACCGGCCGCCACACCUGACAGGGAGAGGGAGGGAAGGCAGGAAGGGAAGCCCAGGGCAGCCUCCUCUCUCUCUUUCUCUCUUUCUCUCUCUUUCUCUCUCUCCUCUUGGGGAAGGAUCCCCGGAGCCCCUUCGCGGCAGGAUGAAGUGGCUCGGCCUGACCUUGGCCGCCCUGCUGCUGGCCUUGGCCGGCCCCGUGGCCCGUGGCGAGGAGGGCCUGGAUUUCCCCGAGUAUGACGGCAUCGACCGGGUGAUCGACGUCAACAUGAAGAACUACAAGGGGGUCCUGAAGAAGUACGAGGUCCUGGCGCUGCUCUACCACGAGCCGGUGGGGGAGGACAAGGCUUCCCAGAAGCAGUUCGAGCUGGAGGAGCUGAUUCUGGAGUUAGCAGCCCAAGUCCUGGAAGACAAAGGGAUUGGAUUUGGCCUGGUGGACGCAGAGAAGGACGCCGCAGUGGCCAAAAAAUUAGGGCUGACUGAGGAAGACAGCGUUUACGUCUUCAAGGAAGACGAAGUCAUCGAAUACGACGGGGAAUUCUCGGCCGACACCCUGGUGGAGUUCCUCCUUGACGUCCUGGAAGACCCCGUGGAGUUUAUCGAUGGAGAAAAUGAGCUCGAAGCCUUUGAGAGGAUCGAGGAUGAGCCCAAACUCAUCGGCUACUUCAAGAACGAGGACUCGGAGCACUUCAAGGCCUUUGAAGAUGCUGCUGAAGAAUUCCACCCAUACAUCCCCUUCUUUGCAACCUUCGACAGCAAGGUGGCGAAGAAGCUCUCCCUGAAGCUCAACGAGAUCGACUACUAUGAGCCUUUCAUGGAGAAGCCGGUCACCAUCCCGGACAAGCCCAACAGCGAGGAGGAAAUCGUCCAGUUCAUGGAAGAGCACAAGAGGCCAACGCUGAGGAAGCUGCAUGCAGACAGCAUGUACGAGACUUGGGAAGACGAUAUGGACGGCAUCCACAUUGUGGCCUUCGCGGAGGAGGACGACCCUGACGGUUACGAGUUCCUGGAGAUCCUGAAGGAAGUCGCCCAGGAUAACACAGACAACCCGGAUCUCAGCAUCAUCUGGAUCGAUCCCGAGGAUUUCCCACUGCUGAUCCCUUACUGGGAGAAAACCUUCGACAUCGAUUUGUCUCGGCCUCAGAUUGGCGUUGUCAACGUGACGGAUGCCGACAGCAUCUGGAUGGAGAUGGAUGACGAGGAGGAUCUUCCUUCUGCGGAGGAGCUGGAAGACUGGAUUGAGGAUGUGCUGGAAGGAGAGAUAAACACCGAAGACGAUGAUGAUGACGAUGAUGACGAUGAUGACGAUGAUGACUAAGGCCCCUCCCAUUUUUCGUGCAAGGCCGGCCCUGCCUGGAGAGCCCCACCCAUCCGGCCCUCCGGCCCCACACACAGCCGAGCCCAACAGCAGCCCACCUGGCCUGCACGGAAAGACCCCCGGCCCUAGGCAGAAAAUAUUUUUAUAUUGAUCUUAUUUACGUCCAAGGCCCCCACCGCAGUCUGACCAGGCUCCCUCCACGCAGCCCCCCCCCCUGGGCCCCCCUGCCCUUGACGAGUGCAGGGGGAGGGGGGAGAACCCUCUCUCUCUCUCUCUCUCUCUCUCUCUCUCUCUCUCUCUCUCUCUCUCUUUCUCUCUCGUCUUCCUCCAAAGGCUCCUGUGUCUGCCCUCCGCUUCAAUUGGCCAGAUGCCAGGGGAGAAUGCCACCUUUCCUGGGGUGGUGCCAACUCUAGUGGCGAGCAUCAGCCCUACUUGGAGGGCCAAGGGAAUUUCCCAUCAUGCACCUUGGUCCUUGCCUUUGGGGGCUCCUUAUUGGCCGAGGCUGAUCACCUGAAAAGAUACCCCCUGCCCUCCCCCCUUCCCACCCAGGCCUUGGCACCUGAUGCCAACAGGUUCCCCCCCAGGCUCCCCCUGGCAACAAGGCGCUCACCUUUCCAGGUAGCUCCAUCAAACUCGCUAGGGGGCAGCAGCUUUUUUAUAAAGACCUUCAGCCAUGCGCAAGGAACGGAAACAGGAAAAGUGAUCGGCAAACUUGUUCACGUCCCUUCGAAACUGUUCCCCAAGGGGUCCUUCUCCUUUCACACAGACACACAGACACACACA